AAGAACCGCCGGAGACGUCCUCAGUUUUCGUACAGGUGUCGAACCGCGUGGAGUCGUCUACCGUGUGUAAGACCCGGCAAAACAGUUGUGCGCUCGGUGCGGUGUUUUCGAUUUGAAAGAAUUUUUUUUUUCAAUUACAUUUACACUAUUAUACUUAACGUGAUUCGUUCAAAAACUCCGGGUACGCGCUGCACAUUCACCAGAAUUGCCGCCUCGGAUAAAAUGUAGUUUUUGGAUUAGUGAACCAAUUUUUUUUUUCACAAUUACAAGGAUCGGUACGCACCGUGAUUAAUCUGUAAAGAUUACAAUGAGUAGCGUGACGGCCGAUUGCGAAAUGUUGGGUCGCGUACCCGUUCAGGGUUCAGCCGACUCGGACAGCCUGGCCGCCUUGGUCAGGCAACUGUGCAAACAACAGCAGCGGGAUCGACUGCCUGGACGUCGGUGUUCGGUAAUAUGCGGCACCAGCAGAGACAUCGGGUUGGAAAUCGUGCCGUACCAAAGGCGUAGGCCCGACGACGAGGGUUUCGAGUCCGACGAAGACUUGGCGUCGUUGGGUUCGUAUGAAGACCCGAGCAAGAGGACGUCUCAGAAAAACGGUACGGCGGCUACGGCCGUCGCGGGUUCAGACAGCGCCAACAGCAGCGGAGUGUCCGAAGACAGCGACGACGCGGACGCCGCGUCGCUCAGAGAACAACAGAUGUCUACGACAUCGGCGGUGACGGCCAACGAGGCGGGACGCGAAGUGUACGCCCUUUCGGACGUCGCGUUUUGCCAUACAGACGCCGUCGCUUUACCCGGUAUCGCUGUGUGGGUGAUAAAAACCCGGAGGUCGUCGACGGCGGGCGGCAGCGGCCUGGAGGCGAUCGUGGUCCGAGCCCGGGACAAUAAGUUGCCGGACGUUUGCAGGACCUACCAAGAACAAAGUAAAAGGUACAAGUUAGAGGCGAAACCGUGGAACGGAACUUCCGGCGGCGGUAACGGCGACGCGGCACGACGUAAAUCACCCGCGGCCUCCACAGCAGUACCGGCAAUAGCGACCAGACCGCUGUCGGUGACCGAGGUGAACAGGUACAAUUUGAUUCAACGCACCGACACGGACGGCGUGACGCACAUCGAAGUAACUGCGGGUCCGGUAGUCGCAUUACAGGACGCGUCACAGGACUUGCGACACAGGGACGGACAGCCGUCGAGCAUCAUAAGUAUGAGUACUCCGGACUCGCCGACGCCCGCGGACACCAUCGUUUGCAAUGAAGAUAACGACGAAAACAAGCCUCCUCCCCAAAGGCCGGAGAGGAGAAAGUAUAAGGCCAAAACCGAGGACGAUGGCGGUGGCGGUGGCGGCGGAAGGCAACAGCAAAAAGUAGUCAGGGGUCAGUUCAUCCGAGUGACGGUCAACCAUUGCGCCGUGCCGUCUAGUCCGGAACCGGAGAGGAAGCCGGCGGUCGCCACUGACGUCAAGGCGUCGCAGCCAUACCAGCCGCCGUCGUCGACGGACAGGCUGUGGUCGACGGCCGAUUACGACAGGCCGGACGGCAGAUACGAAUCGCAAAGACGAUGGUCGCGACAAGGUGCCAGAACUCGUAGCCGAAGCAGCGGGCCGGGCCGCCGACAACAACAUUUGCAAAUAGCUCAGCCCCCGCCGGCUUCACAAAUGUAUAGCCGGUACGAUCAACCGGCCGUCGCGUCUCCGCCAACGUCGUUUGGCACGCGAUUUUUGGGAAAAUUACGGGAAAUCACAUCCAGCAGCCCUCCGCCCUCGGAACAGCCCCAACCGUUUCGACGUCGGAACAGCGUCGGCGAAUCGGUCACCGCCAAUUUCUAUCAAUAUUUCAAUCACCACCACCACCACCAUCACCAUCAGCAGCAACCUCACCAUUUCCAGCACAGGUAUCAGCAACAACAAGUCAACAACGGCGGCCAUCUGAAGUCGGUCAUCAAAAAGAACAACAAGCAUAGUCAUACGUAUCAACAAUGCAACGACGAACCCAAGAAAGUCACAUUCAGCGCUUAUGCCACAGUUCAAGUGGUCGACUGAACCCUGUUUUGCGCGCCACUGAACGUUCUUGCAUUAUACAACUUCAACUUGAAUACAUUUUAUUUUUUAUUGUCGUCGUGUUACCAAUAAUUUUUUAGGUUUUCUAUAUGUAAAAAAACAUAAUAAAAACCGCCCCCCUGGGUAAAAGAGCGUAAAAAACUAAGAAAAAUCAAUAUCCGAAAAUGUUCAUACCUAAUAAUAUUAUAAUUAUUAUUUAAUACACAACGAGUAACGGGCGCACUGAUGCCGUAAAAAAGUACUUGCGCACGUCCAACGCGUAACCGUCGCAUUAUUUGUCGAAAAACUCGAUCACUUAAAAAUAAAAAGUUACAUUUGGAUACUGGUCGAACACGUGUGAAACUGUUGCAGAUGCUUUUUUCCUCACGUAGUCCACGUAACCCGUCGUUUUACCGAGACAAGUCUUCGUGGUCGUCGAAGACAACCGUCCCGACCGGGUCCGUGGGUUAUUGAUUUAAUGACGGCAUCGAUAUUUCAUUAGUGUGUAAAAAAAAAAAUAUUACCAUAAGGUCUGUGGGGUUUUUUACCGUUUUAUCUUCGGUCCGGAAGAUAUGGAAACGAGCGAAAGACUACACCGGUGGCCUGACUUCUUCACGUCUACAACAAGACCAGUUUAUAAUGAGUUAUUAAUUAAUGAGUAUACAUCAGUGCGACCGUUAUAAUGGUAUAGUUGAGUCGAAAAAGCUACUCGUCGACAAAUACUAUACAUGUGUACGAAUAACAAUUAUUAUAUUAUUAUGUUAAUGAACUGAACUAUCCGAUUGUUUCUAAGUUUUCCACUCAAUGUGGCCGGUACCUCAGCGUUGAUUAAACCAAUCCUAACACUUUGGCAAAACAACUUGACUUAUUUAGUAUGCUCUCUUACCCGCCGGGUAUUUUUGUAAAUUUUACUAGCGCAAUAAUAUAAAAACGUUGCUCAUUUUGCACAAAAUCAUUAUGAUAAUAUUAUUAUAUUGUAUCCGUAAAAAAAAAUUAUUAUUAUAAACAAACGAAUAACAAUAUUUAAAUGAUAACAUAACAUACAAAUAUAUUCGAACGUUGAGUUACAUUAUAAUAAUGUACAAUAUGUUCUAGACAUAAUAAUAAUAUUAUAUUAUGUAGUUAUUAUAAAACCUAUUGUAGAAUAACAUAAUAUUAUUAUCCUUAUUAUAUCUAUCUACCCCCUACUCCUCUUAUUGUAUUCCCUAUUAUUAUUAUUUUUCUUAUGUUUUAGUUUUUUAUAGGAUACGUACGACGCUUAUGUGCUUAUGUGUAUUCGGGAAAGAAAGUAUCGUUGUUGAUUUAUUUUUCUUUCCAAUUUUUAUUUAUCAAACUUAUCCGGCGCGUUAAUGUACGCGUCCAAUGUGUAAAUACAACAAAAUAAAAAUAUAUAAUAUCGAA